AUGAAGUUAAGCUUGAGUAGGAUUUGCUUUUGUUGUUCGAUCAUUAAAUGGAUGCUGCAAUGGAUCGGAAUAAAAUUAGGCUUAAGGCGGCUCUGGAAGAAGAAGACUAGCAGCGAAGAGAGCCUAUUACUUGAUGUGAAAGUAACUCCGACAACACCAAAUAUCACCGACUUAAAAGAGGAUGAGGACGAUAUUGAAGGUGAUACGUGGGACAGUUGGAAUAAUAGCUUUGGUGUAACUGUUCUUCCCAAUCAAGACACAAACUUGGAAACGCUUCCAAAAACUGAAGCGGAAGAGUUACCUCAUGAUACCGUACAGAAUAAUGUAGCUGAUGUAAAUGAAGAGAUGAAUAACGCCCCCAAUUUUUUCGAAGACUUGGAACCAGUUAUUCAAAAGCAAGCCAAGUAUAUCAUAGCAAAGAAUGAAAACCCGCCCGUGGUAACCAAUAAAAUUGAGAACAAAUUUGUCAUAAAUGAUAAGAUGUUGUUACCCGAGGAUAGUGGACUUGGUGUAUGGGACGAGAAAGGGGCUGGUUGGGAGGAUGAUGCAGAAGAGUUCGAUUCAAUUGUAGAAUCUGCUGUAAAAGGUAAUAAAAAAGCCCUACGCGAGAAGAGAAUGAUAGAAAAUCAGAGGAAAAAACAAGAAUUAGAAGCCAAAAAGCUACAGAAAGGAAAAUCGAAGCGUCUUGCUACAAAAAUGAACCAAAAAGGUGACUAA